UAUAACAGCUUAGCCCUAAACACAGAAGAAAGCAUUGAAGCGACGCCGUAUGUAGCAGAACCACAUCGUCUCUGUCCAACUCCAAGAAAAAAGCUUUGGGGUCAGGGACAGUCACUUUGCAGUUACUCCUUUGUAAGAAUCCAACUCCCUCUCGCUCUCUCUACUGAUUGAAUUAUGAAUCUCUUAUGAGUAAGCUAUCGAACCUGAAGAAUGGCAAGCAAAGCUGUGAAAACUGUGGCAAAGGCAGUUGCAGAGUACCAGUAUCCAUGGAAAGAGAAGUUGGCGAAGCACAAGAAUGAGCUAUCCAAAGGCGUGUGGGGUUACUGGAAACUCGGGGCCUGGACACCACUCCACAUCAGUGGUCGCCGACGAGCUAGACUUCGCAAGGAAGUCCUCCUUGCAGGGGAAGACUGGCCGUAUGACCCAGAGAGGAAAGAAAUGAGAACCAAGAUGAAAGGACACAAGUGUGAUAGGAUUGCUGCAGAGAGACGGGCAAAGACUGCCAAACUGAUGGAGCAAAUGCCUGAAAUGUUGCUGGCAUAUAAGAAACGAAGGUGGGAGAAGAAGAUGAAGGAAGAAGACAAAAAUAAAUAAACACUUUCCGUUCGACCAUUGUUUCUCAAAUUGCUUUUGUAGUAGCUGUUCCAAAAAAAUCGCCUUUGUAUUGGAGCUUUUUCAUCUCCUGAAAGAAUUUUAGUGAAAUUUACAUCAACUCUGCAUUGCUUCAA